AUGGGUAUCAUCAACGAUAAUCUCAAUGUGCUCUAUGUGGGCGUGGCUGCGGCCAUGUACUUUCGGCCAGAGUACGCCCUCUUCGAUUCACGAGCUGCCACGAUGCUCCUAUCAUUUAUCAUCAUCACCGCGUGGAAAAUCCUCUAUCAGCUAGUGCUAUAUCCCGCAUUUUUAACCCCGAUAAAACACAUCCAGACACCAACGGGCCGAACCUGGUUGAGAGGUAAUACCGAGACUAUCUUUCUCGAGACUCCCUACAAGCGGAUGCAAGAAUGGGCGGCAAAGUUGCCAAAUGAUGGACUCAUCCGGUACUAUAUUGUCGGAAAUUUGGAACGAGUCGCCCUCACCAGCCCGAAAGCACUCAGCGAACUGCUGGUAACCAAAGUCUAUGACUUUGAGAAACCCAAGACGGUGCGACAAAGUUUGCGUCGUAUUGUGGGAGAUGGAAUCCUGCUUGCUGAGGGUGAUGAACAUAAGCUUCAACGCAAGAAUCUGAUGCCUGCGUUUGCAUACCGCCAUAUCAAGGACCUGUAUCCGAUCUUCUGGUCCAAGAGUGUCGAAAUGGUCAAGCUGAUCCAGCAGGAUAUAGAGCAGCGACAAGCCUCCGGAGGCAAAGAUAACACCAUUACUGUCCGCAACUGGGCAAGUCGCGCCACGCUGGACAUUAUCGGAGUAGCAGGCAUGGAUCACGAUUUCGACUCCCUGCGCGAUCCCACCAAUAAACUCAACCGUUCAUACCAACAAAUCUUCCAGUCACCCUCUAUUGGUACUAAAAUUCUGUUCAUCAUUGGAAUGAUGAUGGGAGACAUUGGGCUCCUUCAGAAGUUGCCAACCCAACGCAAUAAACGUAUUGACGAGGGUGGUGAAGUCAUCCGCGACGUUGCCCGACAAAUGAUCCGACUGAAGAAGGAGAAGAUGAAGGAUUCCAACACGCAGACGGACGUCGAUAUUAUCUCCGUUGCAAUGCACAGUGGUGUCAUGGAUGAAGAGAAUCUGGUCGAUCAAUUGAUGACUUUCCUGGGUGCUGGUCAUGAAACCACCGCUACAGCGAUGCAAUGGGCCGUCUACGCCCUCUGCAAGAAUCCCGAGGUUCAAAUCAAGCUGCGCGAGGAGAUUCGCGCGAACCUUCCGUCGCUCUCAUCCGAGGACUCUAGCACAAUUGACGCUACGACGAUCGACAAUCUCCCCUAUCUCCACGCCGUCUGCAACGAAAUCCUUCGCUUCCACCCCUCCGUCCCAGGGACGAUCCGCACAGCAGUCAAAGAUACAUCCCUCGUCGGCAAACCCAUUCCCAAGGGCACGAUCCUUGUCAUCGCUCCCGAGGUCUUGAAUCAUUUAGAGGAGCUCUGGGGACCAGACGCGGACAAGUUCAACCCUGAGCGAUUCAUGGGUCCAGGUAAAGCGAACACGGGCGGUGCAACCAGUAACUACGCAUUCCUGACUUUCCUUCACGGCCCACGCAGCUGUAUUGGUCAGGGCUUUGCUAAGGCUGAGCUCGCCUGUCUGCUCGCUGCUACUGUUGGCAAAUUCCAUAUGGAGUUGAAGUAUCCAGAUCGCGAGCUGGAACUUCGUGAGGGAGCUACUGUCUCGCCGAAGGAUGGCGUUUUGGCUAAAUUUACUCCGUUGGAGGGAUGGUAG